AUGAUCGAUGGCCCACCUCCGCCUGAGCGUCACCCUGACCAUAUCACAUCCGAAAUGCUGCUCUUCCACCUACCCAAGAGCAAAGCAGCGGAGCUAAAGACCCUCGCGACACCGACAGAUGGGUCCUGGAUCUCCACAUACGACGCGUUCUCCGCCUUCAUAUGGCGCACCAUCUCCCGACUUCGAGCCCCUACUUUCAAGCCAGAUCUAUCCGCCCCCUUAUUCUGGAUGGAAGCCAUUGAUAUGCGGCGACGAAUGCACAGCCCCAAGGUACCGGCACGGAUCCAGGGUAACGUAGUGACUGGAGCUAGAUCGUAUGCUGCCCCAGUCACGGCACCUACAGCAGCGGAGGUCAUUUCCGAGUGGUCGCUAUCAGAGAUAGCUUCUUAUAUCCGCCAGCUGACCAACAGCAUGACACAGGAGGCCCUAGAUGAAAUCCUAGAUGUAGUAGCCACAGUGCGUGACAAGACAGCGCUGAACAUUCGCAUUGACUCCUAUCCGCCCAUGACGCUUCUCUUAACAGAUCAUCGCGACGCCAAUCUUACAGGCACUGAUUUUGGUUUUGCAAAACCCUUUGCGUAUCGGCAUCUCAUCGACCGAUUGACUCCGGGCGUCACUAUCAUCUAUCCGUCGCGAGACCUGUCUCCUGAAUCAGAUGAAGGCCCUGAGUUUUCGAUCUCUUAUGAGACCAGUCUGAAGCAGGCUCUGAUUGAGGAUCCAGAGUGGACCAAGUACUUUGAAUACCGUGGUGUCGAUGCCAUCGAUGCGCAAGAUCACUAG